AUGGCCAAACAGGGUGAUGCCAAAAUGAAGGUUCACGGCAUUGUGGCUUUUAAAUGCGAGAACGUGGCGACCCUUGAUCCCAUCACCUUUGAGACCCCCGGGUCCUUCAUCACGCUCAACAAGUGGAACGCCAAGAAGACGGGCUCCAUCUCCUUUGACUUCCGCACCACAGAGCCCAACGGGCUUCUCCUCUUCAGCCACGGCAAGCCCAAACAGGCACCCAAGGUGACUUCACUAUUAUGUUAUUUUAUUCAUCUCUUUUAUUGCCUCCUGAUUGUUUUUCAAAAUGUUUUACUAUAAAGUGUGUUGUGCUUUUAAAUGCACUUUAAAUAAAUAAUGAUUUGAUUUAAUUGAAGGAUUCCAAGAGUCCCCUGACGCUGAAGGUGGACUUCUUUGCCAUCGAGAUGCUGGACGGCCACCUGUAUCUACUUCUCGACAUGGGAUCAGGCACCACCAAGACCAGAGCGGUCAACAAGAAGGUCAACGAUGGGGAGUGGUACCACGUGGACUUCCAACGGGAUGGGCGAUCA